AUGGCCGAUAAUACGGACGACUACUCCUACGAUUACGAAUACUUGUACAAAAUCGUACUUAUUGGUGAUUCAGGCGUUGGUAAAUCCAAUUUGUUAUCAAGAUUCACUCGAGACGAAUUCAAUUUAGAAAGUAGGUCAACUAUUGGAGUUGAAUUUGCCACUAGAACUUUAGAAAUCGAUGGGAAGAGGGUCAAAGCGCAAAUUUGGGAUACUGCUGGACAAGAAAGAUAUAGAGCAAUUACAUCAGCUUAUUAUCGUGGUGCAGUUGGCGCUUUAAUCGUUUAUGAUAUUGCCAAGACUGAAAGUUACGAAAGUGUUAGUCGUUGGUUGAAAGAGUUGAAGGAACAUGCUGAUGCAAAUAUUGUUAUUGAAUUGGUGGGUAAUAAAUCGGAUUUGGAUCAUUUACGAGCUGUCCCUACUGAAGAAGCAAGAAAUUUUGCCUUGGAAAAUAACUUGUUGUUCACUGAAGCAUCCGCCUUGAGCUCCGACAAUGUUGAUUUGAGUUUCCAUCAGUUGUUGAAGAAUAUUUAUGAAAUGAUAUCGAAACAUCAAUUGGAUACUAAUGAGCAAGGUGGAUUGAAGGCGGCAAGCAAUGGACCAACGAUAAGUUUGACACCCGCACCUAAGGAGAAAAAGAGUAGUAAGAAUAAUUCAAAUUGUUGUUGA